UUUGGUUUUCGUGAUUUUUAAUAAAUACCUUUUAUAUUACCAAUAUAAAAAUUAAAUAUUAUCACGAUCUUUGUGAUUACUAUUAACCUAGCAAUCAUUAAGGACUAAAGUGUAACUGUGCAUUCGUAGUUACGGUAAACUUCUAACUUUGUGGUGGUGUAUACUUUGAUAAAGCGAUAGAAUUCCAAAAGUAAACAAUGUCUGAGAACAAUAUUGGUGCCGACUUUGAAGAUUUUCGUGAGUUGGAACUAGAAAUGGCCCAAGAACAGGAGCAGACACCAGAAAAGAUGUCACCAGUACAAAUACAGCAAGAAUACUUUGAGAAUCUUCCAGACUGUGAUUGGAUAAAAUAUGAGUCAACCAACAGAAAGUAUCUGUUGCAAAAUAUAGCCUUUGCCCUAUUUGGGAGUCCAAGUCUUGAGGGUGACAUGUUGCUGCCCUUUGAUCCAGACCAAGCCAGUCUUGAAGGAUACACAACGAGACAACAGGAACAAGUCAUGAACAUUUACGAGAAAAUUGUGGAGCAAAAAAAAUAUUCACAGAAUGAUGAGGACAUAAUGAUGUCCGUGCUGCUAGUAGUAUGUGCAAGACCGGACCCCCUACCAUUCUAUAAAAUACAGCCCAAGAAUUAUUGGGUCGAUCUGCACCAAAGAAAUGAUAUUAAAGGCAUUUGGUGUACUGCUGUUUUUAAAAUAAGAAAGUGUAUCUCUACUAUUAUUGGAGAAAAGUCCUGUAAAGUGUAUAUUGAUGAAAGUGCAAGAGUCUAUCAUGACUGGGACUCCUAUUUGAAGAAAAAUUCUUUGCCAGAAUGUGUGAUGGUUGCCCCACAAGAUGGAGAAUAUUGUGGUAUCAAAGUAGAGGGUGAAGAAUACCUCCGAGUGAAACUGACUGUUACUCCGUCUCCGGCUUUGGGUCUCACCGCUAAAGUAUUGAGUACUGCGGACACUGCUAGUACGGUCGCCUCGCUCGGUGCCUUGGGAGUGCUAGGGGCAGCUGCCUUCACGCCUGUAGGCCCAGCGGUGCUGGUGGGAGCACUAGCAGCUACCGUUGGCACUGGAGUAUAUGGAUUAGUCCGAUCAUCUAUGCAUUUGCAUGAUAGAAGAAUUCAUGAGCAGAGUAUAAGUAUAGCGAACGCCGAAGCGCGUGGGAGCUGGCUGAACAUAACCGCGUCGAGUGUGGGACUGGCGGCCGGCGCGGCGAGCACGUUGCUCGCGCGGUCCGCAGCCGCCGGCACUAAUAUGACUAGGACCGGUCAGGCGCUAGCGAUGUCUGUGGAAGUGCUGCGUCACGCCAACAUCGUCACCGGCGGCGCCGGCGUCGUCAACAGCCUCAUACACAUCAUACUCAAGUAUAAGAAACACGGUGAGAGACCAACGACGCUAGAACUGUUCCAAUUCUCUGCCGCAACGCUGUUCUUCUGUAACGCGGUAGUAUCGAACAGAACCGCUAAGACCAUUAUUGAGGAUGCUCAAGCGAAUACCAUCAACGAGUACCGUUCGACACUGAGAAGUAAUAAACACAGGAAAAUAUUUGAUAAGCUCAGCGCUGAAACGAGGAGAGUGCAAGGAGUGGUCCAAGGGAAUGCUGAAGUGAUACAAGGCAUUAAGAACAUAGCUAAUAAGGACCAAUACUUUGCAGAUGUACUCAAAAUAAACAAGGAUAUAAACAACCACAAACUACGAAUUUCCAUGACAUCGGACGGACAGGUCAAUUUGAAUGCUGUACAUAAAUUCAACCCGUCCGACUUGUACGGACUUGGAAAGGAUGGGAGAACUGAACUGUUCUCUACGUUGGGACCGGCCCAUGUUACCUCAAAGAAUAUGCCAACCCAGAUCGUACCAUCACCAACAGCUGUCAACCGAUACCUUGACACUGAAGAACCAAAUAACAGUUUACUCGUUGGCAUCAACCCGGGUGAAAUAUUACGUAUAGGAGGCGUAUUAGUACGAGUCAGCGCUCAAGGCGCAGAAAGCGUGGCAUGUUUACUGGAAAACCUUAGCAAAGAUCUAUACGAUAUAGUCAUGACCGUUGCCCUAAAUCUUCUGUCAAUGUUGGUGCCCGUGGAGAUUGCUCGGCUGAAACUUUUGAGCCCGGACGAGGAUUUGAUCGUUCAAAUUGUGAAAUUCGUUUUCAAUUAUCUGAAACAUCAGAGGCCUAUGGGUGAUGCCUGUCGAGAUGACAAUGGAAUUAUUAUUGUAUUGAAAGAAUUUUUCCAAGAUGGCGUCGUUAGGAAAGACACAAUACUUUAUUUGAAAGAGGUUUUGCUGAUGUCUAUAGAGAACAAGUUGAAUGAGAGAAGCCGGCGGUUUCCCCAUAAGAAGCAAAUUAUUUGUCCGACAUGCAACGGUGUGAGGUUUGCUUGAUUAUCUAAUAAGGUAAAUAGUUCAAUUUGGCAGAAACCAAAAGUCAAAAGUAGUAGCACAAUACAAAGAAGUAAAAUACUAAUCUUAUGCUAUGUAUGGCUAUGUUAAGAUUUUGUUAUGGCAACUCAUAAAAUAAUAUAAAAUUAGGUAUUAUUGUAAUAGAAUGUACUGAAAUCUGGUAAUCUGAUAGGAAGACAUUUUUAUAAAAAAGACUAACGCAGAACGCUACUUUUCUCUUUCACUCUAGCAAUAGCGAGCUCGCUCUUUACGGGAAACAGUGGAAACACAAAAGCGUUUUUGUGCGUAGCGUUAGGCCAUUUAUUAUAAUUUCUUCAUGUUUGAAGACCAGAUUUUAUCUUCAACAUUUUAUACCAAUGUAUUUUCAUCAGCGCACAGUGUUUUAGAAAUCCCCAAAAUCGGACAUGACUAAGUUCAUGCAAUG